AUGUUGCCCCCACCCUACCUACUUCCCGUACAAGGAUUCUUAAUCGUUACGGUUGAGACUUCGCUGGUCGGGUAUCGGGCCGGGGGAGCAACUUCUUUGGGAAUAAAUAACAUUGGCGAUCUUCCCGUCGGCAAGAAUUUACAUGAUCACGUCUCUGGGUCCCUGUUCUUGAAGCUCCGCAAUCUGGAAAAAGGACUUGCGAUCGGGUCACCCCUUUUCAACAAGUCGGAGUACUUCACGUCAACUGCAGUGGAUUGGAUCUCUACCAUCACUAUCCCCAAUGAUCUAAUAUCCGCCGCCGCCGCCGACGGAACUGGUCUCGAUGAGCUGUUUGACCCAGGUCCUCGAGCGCAUAUUGAGUUCUUGACAGUUUACGCGCCUAUUGCUGGUGGCGGUACAGAAUACCGACUCCCAUUCGAUGGAACCCAUAUAUCCACACCCACUCUCCUACUACUCCCUACUAGCCGUGGACAAGUCACUCUUGCUUCCAUGAAUGCUACAGAUGAUCCAAUCAUCGACCCGGGGUAUCUAAGUACUGAGGUCGAUCGCGUCCUUUUGCGCGAAGUUUACGUGCGACGAUACGAGCAAUGGGAACCCCACAAGGGCAGGGCGUGGUUGGAGGGGGAAGCCCUCCACCGAGUUUUCCGCAACUCACAAAUUCUAUCAAAAUGCCGGCACAGCAGCCAUGGCACUAUUGUGGACACCGAAUGUAAUGUUAAAGUCAUCAGACGUUUGAGAGUUAGCGAUAUAAGCAUUUUGCCUCUACCUAUAGCGUCACACUACCAGACGGCAAUGUAUGUUAUCGCAGAGGCGACGGCAGCCAUGAUCUUGGAGGACGAGGUCCCCAGGGCGUAG